CAGAAACCGGAGGUUUAACGCGGGAAACGAGAGAAUAGAGCUACUCCAUCACUUUAUUAUCUGUUUCUCUAGUUUAAACAAUUACUUUUAAACACCGGGAACCAAGCAUAUACGUUUAUUAAGCCAGUCUUCACCCAAAAGAUGGGAGACACUCUUGAGUUUAACGAGAUCUAUCAAGAGGUGAAGGGAUCUUGGAAUGAUGGCCGGCUGCGGUUAAGUAAGCAGUCUGUGGUCUAUAAAAGCAGUAAGACAGGGAAGGUGGACAAUAUUCCAGCUCCAGAAAUCUCUUCGGCUAAUUGGCGGCGUGUCUGCCUGGGUCAUGGGAUCAAAUUGUCCACCAGCACCGGGCACAUUUACAAAUAUGACGGCUUUAAAGAAACAGAUUUUGAGAAGAUUUCUGCGUUUUUUAAAGCAAACUACAAGGUUGAGUUGACAGAGAAGGAUCUAUGUGUCAAAGGCUGGAAUUGGGGGACGGCUAAAUUUUCAGGUCCCCAGCUGUCGUUUGAGGUUGGUGACAAUCCUGCGUUUGAGAUCCCGCUGAAUAACGUAUCCCAGUGUGCAACAGGAAAGAAUGAAGUGACGUUGGAGUUUCAUCAGAACGAUGAUGCUGAGGUGUCGCUAAUGGAGGUCCGCUUUUACGUCCCACCCAACACUGGAGACGAUGGUUCAGACCCCGUAGAGGCGUUUGCUCAGAAUAUUCUGUCGAAGGCAGAUGUUAUCCAAGCCACUGGAGAUGCUGUGUGUAUAUUUAAAGAGCUUCAGUGUCUUACACCGAGAGGAAGGUAUGACAUCCGUAUCUACCCCAGCUUCCUGCACCUGCAUGGUAAGACGUUUGAUUAUAAGAUCCCCUACACAACUGUACUGCGUCUCUUCCUGCUGCCACACAAGGACCAGAGGCAAAUGUUUUUUGUGAUCAGUCUAGACCCGCCCAUUAAACAGGGUCAGACACGUUAUCACUUCCUCAUACUCCUCUUCACUAAAGAUGAAGAUCUCAGUCUGACUCUCAACAUGAACGAGGAUGAGGUGGAGAAACGUUUUGAAGGGAAGCUUAGUAAGAACAUGUCCGGUCCUCUCUAUGAGAUUGUCAGUCGGGUCAUGAAGGCUCUGGUCAACAGAAAGAUCACAGUGCCUGGAAACUUCCAGGGACACUCAGGAUCUCAGUGUAUAACGUGUGCAUAUAAGGCGAGCUCAGGGCUGUUGUAUCCGCUGGAGAGAGGCUUUAUCUAUGUCCACAAGCCUCCGGUUUACCUGCGCUUCGAAGAGAUCUCCUGUGUCAACUUCGCUCGAGGGACCACCACCACCCGCUCCUUUGACUUUGAAAUAGAGACCAAACAAAAUAACCAAUACAUCUUCAGCAACAUUGAGAGGGAAGAAUACGGGAAACUUUUUGACUUUGUCAAUGCCAAGAAGCUGAACAUCAAGAAUAGAGGAAUUAAAGAGAGCAUGAAAGGCACAGACGGCUACAGCGAUUCAGAUGAGGACAAGCAUGACGCGUACCUGGAGAGAAUGAAAGAAGAGGGCAAGAUCAGAGAAGAGGCGGAUGGAAGCGACGAAUCGGAGGGAGAUAGCGAUGAGUCUUUCAACCCUGGAGAGGAAGAAGAUGAAGUCCCAGAAGAGUUUGACAGUAACGCCUCAGAGAGUGAAAGUGAGGGUGAGGAUGGAGACAGCGAGGAUGAAAGCAAGAAGAAGAAACCAGAAAAGAAGCCCAAGAAAGUGGUAAAGGAGAAGAAAGAGAGAAAGCCACGGAAAGAGAAGAAAGUGAAGGACGCAGGUGCUCCCAAGAGGCCGAUGAGUGCUUACAUGCUGUGGCUUAAUGGCAACAGAGAGCGAAUCAAGAGCGAGUAUCCUGGUAUCUCUGUGACUGAGAUCUCGAAGAAGGCUGGGGAGAUGUGGAAACAACUGGGAAAAGAUCGGAAAGAGGAGUGGGAUAAGAAAGCAGAAGAGGCCAAAAGACAAUAUGAAAAAGCCAUGAAAGAGUAUAAAGAAAGCGGUGGUGGAGCGUCUGCUGUUCCAAAAGAAAAGAAAAAGAAAGGAGGGAAGGUGGAAGCUAAGAAGAGCGGAGGGGAAAAGGAGAAAAAGAAGGAAGGCGGGAAUGAGAGCUUUAAGAGCAAAGAGUUCAUCUCCAGUGAAGAGAGCUCAUCUGAAUCUGACCACGACAGAGGCAGCAAGCGCAAGGCUUCUGAUGAUGAUGAUGAUGAUGAAGAGGAAGUGGCCUCCACACCACCAAGCUCUGAGGCGGAGUCAGGGUCUGACUGAUGUUACACUGGCAACACAAAAGACAUUUUCACAUCAUCUCAGGUUACACAAAUACAUGAUGGUUACGCGGACCAAGAUCUAAUAUUUUCUAUGUGCAAUCCAUGCACAUUUUUAUACCCGCCUAUUCCUUUGGACUAACAUGGAAGAAGACUGGUAAUAUAUUUCUACCAAAAGCAACAUCGAUAACGCUCUCAGAAUUUUGGUAGGCUGAUGUGUGGUUAAAACGCCUUUUUGGGUUUUACGGUUUUAUUAUUUUGCCUCUCUCAAUUAGAGAAACUGCACUUCAGAAAAUAUCUUGUUUUGAUGAAUCUUCGUACUUUAUGCUAUUGAAAUGUUGAUCAACAAUUGCAAUAAAAAUUUGAGCGAUUCAA